AGUGCGCGGUUAUAUUUGUUGUUAUUUUGGUAUAAUUUAUUAGCUGUUCAAGGUGCUGUAUGUUUAAUAAACUAAUCAGUUAUGAAAAUGUCCUUAAAACGCGUUCGAACAGAAGCAGAUUUCGAUAACGAACUUAGUGAUGCUUGUCAAAAUCUUGUUGUUGUUGACUUCUUUGCUGAAUGGUGUGGACCGUGAAAAUUGAUAGCUCCCAUAGUUGCAGCAAUAAGCGAGAAAUGCUGUUUUUCUUAAAUUAAAGUGGAAGUGGACGAAACUGACAGUUUUACUGAAAUGUAUGAAAUAAGUGCUCUGCCUACAUUCAUGUGUUUCAAAAGUGGUGACGAAGUUGACAGUGUUACAGGAGCAGAUGAAGUCAAGCUGAGAGUGAUGAUAGAGAAGAAUAUUUAGGAACUUUUCAAUAGUUUGAUUUCCUGAAAUUGAUUCAGUAGCGAGAUAUUAUCACAAAAAAUAAUUUGCAUUCGAAACAUAUUUUUUAUCACUUAAAUGGAUGACCAGGCAGGUACAUCCUCUUUACAAUGUGAAUCCAAUGUGCCAGAUGGAGAAUCAAAACAUGACGGUGAAGAAGACACAUGUAACAUUGACAACAAUGAAAGCAGUGAACAACACAUUAAAGAAACUGAUGGAUCUGGUCCAAAUAUAAUUGACAUAGCUGUCAGUCAAAACUAUUCAUUUAAUGAGAAGCUUAAAGCCACAUUGGAAAAACAUGGCAUAGCAAAACAAAAUGCAGACAGUUUUCUUAUCGGCUUAUUGAAAGAUAAAGACUUCAAAAAAUUAGUCAAAGCCAAUCUUGUGGAAGAGGAAUCUUCAGAUGAGGAAAGCGAUAUAACAGACGUUUCAAUGGCAAUGACUAGAUCUAAAUUGAAGGAGGUUAUGCGAAAUAGUCCGUUUAAACCACCGUGGGUUCCACCAACACUUGCAAAUACUUCUGGCGAUGGUCUUCCCAAAUUCAGUGAGUUACCUUUACCAGAAGAUGAUGAAGAUGAAGAAUAUCGGCCAGAAGAAUCAAUUUGCAGUGAUACUAUGGAUCAAUCUUUUUCAGAAACAAUGGACAAAAAAUCAGAAUUGGACAAUAUCCCCCCAAAAAAUAUAGAUGAAGAAUGUGUUUCCACCAACCCCGAAAAUAUUGUUAAUAUGGAAGAAUGUGGCUUAGAUGUAGCUUCGGACAAAGAUCUUAUAAGUACACGUACAAGAUCGAAACAUUCUCUCCAGUCUACAAGUUUGGAUGUAUUAGAAGCGGCUUUCGAUCCUCCAGAUGUGACAGCAGACAUGUAUGAUAUGAACAUUGGUGACUACGAUUGGCAGAAAUGGCUCGCCGAUUUAAUGAAAGACACAAAUGGGGGUAAUACGCAAGGAACUGAGGAUGAGGAUGACCCAGAUGUGGAUCCAGAUUUUGAAUUUCCACAUGAAAUUGAAGAACCGGAUCACGAAGAUUUGAGGGAUGAUUUUUUAGUUAGAGUUUCAAAAAAAGAAUUGGAUGGUCUGUUAGAUGAGGUUGAAAAUAUGCAUAAUGAUGAUCGUCCUCCUGUAACCUUUCCUACAUCACCAAAACUGAAUGACUCUACACAAUCUUCCAGAGAUGAACAGAAUACCCAGCCAGCAAAAACUGAACCAUAUUUACCAGUAUUUGAAAUAUCUAAAGAACAAGCAGAAUUAUUACAGCAACAGCUCUGCCAACAUGUACAAUUACUUGUACAGAGUAGCAUUUUAUGUAGAAACAAACCAGAUUUGAAGGAAUAUGUAGAAGAAGCUGAAGGUCUCUUAAAAGAACUUGUGGAUAUUGGUAAAUCUCAAAUAGACAAACUGAAUAUUUCAUCUUCAGCAGUAAUGCCGUGGAUUCUACCUGAUGCCAUAGAACUGAUAAAAACAAAUAUUCCUUUGUCUGAACCAAGUGUGAGAUUACUUAGAAUGGAACGAGUAAAAGGCCUUGUUUCAAUUCCCAUGGCAGUUGCAGAAGUCCUAGGCAACAGCACUGUAUUUAUGUAUAAAGAACUUUUACCAUUCUCUGCUCCUUCAGACAAAUGCUUAACUCAAAAAUUGCACUUCCGGAAAUCUGAAGAUUGUUUACUAGCUAUGGGUAUGGCUGAAAUGGCGGACCUGCCCAAUAUGUAUGAACUUAUAAGUGAGCAUAUGCUGCCAACAAAAACUGAAAAACAACUUCGAUCAAGAGUGAAAAAUGUUAUAUAUUGUCGAAAUCAAAGAGACAACUUUAAUCCUAUAAGGAAAUUUCACAGCUGUAGCAUACUGCCUCAACCGAAAAAAGAUGUCAAAUUUAUAAACAAAGACACUGUUAAAAAACCUAUCAAUAUGAAGGGCGUACUUCCAAAUUGGUUGAUUGCUCUAAAACCUAUGCUUCCACCGGAAGACUCAAGUUCAGAAUAUUCCUAUAGUGAAGCUAGUGAUUUUGGCCCAGGCGUUAAACAUUCUACUCCCCAUGCAAAAUCUAAAAGCUUAUCUAGAGAUCAAGCAUCAACGUUGAAGCAAAUUCCUGCUCAUCUCUCUCUUAAUACACAAUGCCAGGUUACACCAUCUCCUAUUAGGGCGAUUAUGGUUCCUUACAUACCAGUCGAUCCACAAAUUACUAAGAUAAAUAGUUCACAAACCAAGAUUAGUACUUCUCCGAGGAAAAUAUUGCCAAAGCCAAGGGAUACUGAUAUAGCAAUUUCACAAGAAAUAAGCAAUAUAAAUGUGAAAGAUACAGUUUCAAACUCAGUUUUGACCAACAUGUCUUCUGUUACUGGUAAUAAAGGGAAUAGUGAUGUGGUUGACAUGGUUGAUUUACCUCAGGCCACACUAGAGUCUAAUGCAGUUGAAGAAUGUGUACCCACCUCUAAAAAAGUUAAUAUUGAAGGGCUUGCUUCUGAUAAUAACAUUGACUCACACCAAAUAGGAACCUUCAUUCCGGAUGUUUCUGAAAAUUUACAAUUAGCUUUGAAUGAAAAACCAACAAUUGUUGUAACCAAGUCUAUCUCAACUGCAGUAAUUGAUAAAGAUGAGAAAUUAGAAUCUGAUAAAAGUUGUUCCAAUGAGGAAUCUUCUAAACCAGGAAUAUCACAAUCCAACGACCCAACAAAUCUUUCAUCAAAUUUUCAAAGUAAAUCUGUAUCAAGAGGCAAAUCUAUGGAAGCAAUGUCUGUUUGUGAACCACAGACUGCUUCAUCAUCAGAAGAAGAAGAUGAAAAAGAUUCCGAAACUGAAGAAAAUGCCGUUGCUACGGCUGAAAGCGGAGACGAUGAUGAUAUUUCAGAGCAUGAUGAGGUUUACGACAAUCAAGUUGAAGAAGAACGAUCAAAACCAGUGCGAAUGAAGAUUGCGAAAACUAGUAAUGGGUUCAGUUCUCUACCCGUAGGUGGAUAUCUUCGUAAAGUUCAUCCAAAAUUUCCAGGUAAAAAAUACAAAGGAAGCUCAAGGGAUUUGAGACGACUAAGAUCAACUGCUAAAACAAUACGAACCUUGGAGGAAGAUAGCAUAGUUCAACUAGAUCCCUGUAGAAUGGAAAAAGAGAGAAUCUUUGCAGCUGGAUUUCAUGAAAGAGUGCAAGUAGCUCUCAAAGACCACCCUGAUAUAUUCAAAAGUUUCACAGAGACAUUGAUUAAAUUCAGCGACGGUACGCGCUCACCAAUAGACUUAUACAUUGAAAUUUCUAAUUUACUGCAAGAUUGGCCAGAUCUUAUACAGGGAUUUGCUCCAUUUCUAAUGCCUGAGCAAGCACAGGAAUGUGGAAUGGGUGCCGAACAACAAGUAUAUUCAAGAGCUAGAAAAUUCUUAAGACAAUUGGAGAUUCAAUUUAGUGAUGAUCAAGAUACAAUGGAAAAAAUUUUGAAUGUAUUUCAUACUGUUGCAGGAACAGCGCUGUAUAGGGAAGAAGAAAUGAUGCAAUCUAUAUUAGGCCUUUUAAAAGGUUAUCCAUAUUUACAAGACGAAUUUAUCACUUUCUUCAACGACAGCCAUCCUCCAAAAAUUUAUUACGAUGAAGAUUUUGAAGAGGUUGAUCUGACAGAAGAGCUGCUAAAAGAUCCAACAAUAAACCAAUUCGAAAAUGUAACAUUGUUAUCAGUACCAGAUAACGCACCGCCUGUUGAAAGUAACUUGAAAAAGCCAAAGAAAAGAAGACUAUCUCUUAGUCCUACUGAAAAUGAGAAAUCACCAUCAAAAGUUGCAGCUUUAUCAGAAAACAAGGAGAAUAUCUUUCCGGAUAUUACAAGCGCAGAUGCAGAUGAUGAAGAAGAUUUAUUUAACACUGAUUACGAAAGUGAGGAAGCUAUGACUGAAGACAUGCAAGAAGAUGAAGCUUGCAAACCAGCAGAUGAUAAACCACCUCCAAGCUCUGUUCCUCCUGACAUAACAGUUAUCAGCGAAGAUGCUCUCUCUAGUAGUCCUUUCAAGCGUAUUACAGAAGGAUGUCAGAAAGGGGAUGUCCUAUUGAGGCCUCACACGCCCACUGGAAUGAGAUUGGACAAUACGAGAUCGAACACAUUUAGUCAUUCACCUCUAUCACCUUUAAAAUCAUCACAUACUGAUAUUCUCUCCGUCCCUAAAACACCUACUGGCAAAACUGCACUUCACAUACAAGAAGAAAAUGCAGCAGGGAGUGGAGCAAGCAAAGUAGAUUCUGCUUCUGAAGGUCAACAACAAAUGGGAGAUCGAAUACCUGUUUCUAAUGUUUUAGAAGUAGAAAAGAACACCAAGGAGUCUAAGACAGGUUGCCACGGAGGAAGUUCUAAAGAAAAAUCAUCAGAAAACCCCAAAGAAACCAUCCAGGCAGCAUCCAAAUAUGGAGGUAAAACAAAAACUGUUACACCAGUUCCUUGGACAAGAGAAAUGGAUGAAAUCCUUAUAACAUCUUACCAGAAACAAAGCACAAACAAUAACAUGAUUGAAAGUAUUGCUGAAGAGAUAAAGCGAACAUCAUCGGAAGUAGAAGAUCGUUUGAAUCAUCUCUUAUCUUUAUUCGAAAGUGCUGAAACCGAUGAUACAAGUCAGGAAAGUGAGGAAGACACUGAUAUUCUUGAGAGUGAUGAAUCAAGUAAUGUGUAAACAUGUUAUUCACACUAUAUCUCCUAUCACUGUGACAUUAUAACGAUAUAGUCAUUGGUUAAAUCUAUCAAAAGGAAGCUGCAAAACUCAGCUUGCAGAACCACUUGCGCAGAGUCGGAGACUUUCAUACCCAAUUGUGUGCGGUAUUAAUGGAUAUAUACUUUAUUGAUAGUCAUUUCACAUCCAAGCAUUUUCAUUUGAUUAUUGACUGAUAAUAGUAGAUCCCUUCUCACUUUCUUUAAAUAUGUACGAUCAUCUUUCCCUUUCUAUAUUGUUACUUUUAUUUUAUUUUAAUACAGAAUUCUACUAAAUA